AUGUCAAAAGAUGGUAUAUAUUCAUAUGUGCAAUUUGAUGAUCCAAGUAAGGUAAUAUAUAUGGAAAAUUGGAUAAAUGAACCAAUCCCAUUUAACGAUAUAGAUACAACUAACUUAAUUGAAAAAACUGGUGAAUUAUUUGCAAAUGAUGAUGAAGAAGAUGAAAUUAAUUUAAAUUCAUUACAAUUUGGUUCAAAAACAUACAAGAAUAGAAAAUCAAAGAAUAAAAAAUGGAUGGAUUUGAAUAUUGAACAUUUUCUAAAGGAUUCAGAAAGAGAUAAAAAAUUAAUUGAUGAAACCUUAUUACCUGGCCUAACUAAUGUAAGUGAAUUUUUAACAGAUGGUCAAGAUCAAAUUGAUGAUCAUUUAAUAUUACAAAGUCCUGAAUUAAAUCAUGAUUUUUCAAUUAAUUCAACUUCUGAUUUAAUAAAUCAUGCAAGUAAUACAUUUUUAAAUUUAAGAUCACAUUCAAAUCAACAACAACAAUCAAACCAAUCACAGAAUUCACAAGUUUUUCAAACUCCAAGACCAGGUAGAGUAAGACAAGUAUCUUCAGAUAAAUUUCAAACACCAAUAGCUAGAAUAAUGAGAUAA